AUGUUUUCUCAGCUACCUCAGCUUCAGUCUUCUCAAACCGACGCCGGCUCGUCUGAUCUAAUCUGGGCCGGCGCCGGGACUGGUCAGUCUUUCAUGACGAUCGGUCCGAACGACAGAGGCGAUGGCAACGGUAACAGUAACGGUAGCGGCGCCGGCUCAUCGACACCGUCUGUCUCCAACACUCGCUCAAGACCCUGUGACACAUGCCGUGUGAGAAAGACACGCUGUGUAAAAGAAGAGGGUCAGUCAAGAUGUGUUCUGUGUACCUUUCACAGCCAACCUUGUACAUUCUUGCGCGGUCCAACGCCUCGUCAAAGAAGACAUAAUCGAGAAAGAGAUCGAGAGAAACAGAAUGAGCCUCGUGAUGGAGUCGAUGAAAAUAACGCUACGACAUCGCCUCCAUCUGGAGGAGCAGAGAUGGGAGUCUCUCCCUCGAGCCGGCAUGGUGAUACUGGUUCCACUCCAGCAAGUGCAGACAACAAUCCGCAAAUAGCUCAAAUGCAACAAGCGAUGGGGUUUGAAAACAACAUUGCUGAAUCGACUCGCCCUGGUAUUCUUAGCAACACUCUUGGCCUAGAUUUGAAAACCCAUGCCGAGUACAUCGGGUCUACCGACUAUCGUGAUCCAAUCCUGCUUGGUUUGCACCCUCCGAAUCUUGCAAGCCAGGAACCUUCACCGUUUCCUGCAUCUUCCACUUUCGCUCGACACUUGGACUAUCAGACUGUUUUUCUCGUUCAUCCUGAUGAGUCUACUGCGUCCGAGAAGUUGCGUAUUGCAGACCUCGAUGCUAUCGAAGCGACUGUUCAUCCACUCGGUCGCACGUUAGUCGACCUCUACUUCCGAAUAGUUCACCCAAGUUUUCCCAUCUUACACAAAGAUGUAUUUAUAAGCAAGCAUCGCUUAUCUCAUCGACACUUUGCACCUUCUCUACUGGCUGCUGUCUAUCUGAUAGCUCUUGACUGGCAGAUUUAUGACAGUUCGCUCGCUGGUCGUGAGGUCGAGUCAAUACCAGACCCAACAGCUCUUGAGGCGUUGGCUGAGCGUACUAUUGCCCAGGACAUGCGAAGACCCAAACUCAGUACACUGGAAGCUGGGUUACUGUUACUUCAACGAAACCGACGUGUCGUUGACUCUAGGUCUCAUACCCAUCCUACGUCUAAUCGGAUAUUCACAGCCCAGAUUGUCGCCAUGGCUCAGGAUUUAGGUAUCCAUAUCGACUGCAGUAACUGGUCAAUUCCAUCGUGGGAAGUCGGCCUUCGAAGGAGGCUGGCCUGGGCAUUAUAUAUGCAAGAUCGCUGGGGCGCCUGCAUCCACGGACGGCCAUUUCUUAUCCAUGACAGCGAUUGGGACGUCCAGCCAUGUACUGCGCCAGAUUAUCCUGAGCUUGACCAGUUUGAUCUCGAAACCAAUCCCGAGCAUAACUCACCGGUUGUCGUUGGGUGGGAAUUAUUCACACGCCAUAUCGAGUUGACUCAGAUUUUGAGCGAUGUGAUCAACACAUUCUACGGGGCUAAAGCUACUCGUGCUGGUGGGACAUUGGACCAAAUGGGAGUUGUUGCUGCUGUUGAACUGGCAAAACCCUUGGUGCUUCGUCUUAGGGAAUGGCACGCCAAUCUACCGGCCAGACUUCAAUUGCAGAGCAACCAGCUCAGAGAGCUGUGUGCUAAUGGGGCUCUUCAUCUUGCUCAUGUAGCCAUUGAGAUUGCUCUACGUCGGGCUCUAGUACGAAUCACAACACCGGAUACACCUACGUCUUUACAUGAACUAUUAAGAUCAACUGCCCGAGCCAAGCUACAAUCGGCCAUUGAGCUGCUUGGAUCCCUACGUCCUGAGCAUACUGCUGCUUUCUGGGGCAGCGCUGCAGCAUACCAAGCAGCUCAGAUCGGGUCAUUGGCAGGGUUACUAUGGGCAACCACAGACUCAUUUGAGGAGAUGGCAUGGUGUUCUUCUCGAGUAGAUGAACUCAGAUGGGCUUUGAGAGUUCGUGGUGCAGCGACUCCAUUUGCCAGAGAGGCUUUGCGACUUCUAGAGCGUGACAUUGGUGGUCUCGGCAUGGUCCAGACGGCGACAGAAGGUUCUACAUAA